AUGCACAAGGUGGUGAUGUUUUUCGUCUGGUUGGGAAUUUGCCUGACCUGGUCAGGACAAUGCAGGAAGGAACCCACAAAACUGCUGAGCUUCAUCGGAAGGAAAAACAACUCACCCGGAGGGAAAAGAAGUAACAUCAAGGGGUACAUGAGCACAAAUAGGACAGUCCUCGUGGGAAAGGAAAACAACCUACUGGGAAACGAAAACAACCUAGUGACAGUAAACGAAGGAAAUUACCAAAACGAACUGAAAAACGUUAAGGUAAAGAGAAACAUAAGUGAAGCGCUACAUAUGGCCACGUACGAAGAAAUGAAAAGAGACAAAAGUGUGUACGUGUUGGGAGAAGAUGUAGGCUUGUAUGGAGGAUCAUACAAGGUAACAAAAAACUUGGCCCACUUUUUUGGAUUCGCCAGAGUGUUAGACACACCAAUAUGUGAAAAUUCAUUCAUGGGGUUAGGCAUUGGAUCGUGUAUAAAUGGAUUAAGACCCAUAGUGGAAGGAAUGAAUUUGUCAUUUUUAAUUUUAGCCUUUAACCAAAUUUCUAACAAUGCAUGCAUGAUGCGAUAUAUGUGUGAUGGCCAAUUCAAUAUUCCUAUUGUGAUUAGAGGACCAGGAGGGAUAGGAAAGCAGUUGGGACCAGAGCACUCACAGAGAAUUGAAUCCUAUUUGAUGAGUGUACCAGGGAUUAAAAUCGUGUCUUGCUCUACUCCAUUUAAUGCUAGAGGGUUGCUAAAAUCGGCCAUACGAGAUAACAACCCUGUUUUGUUCCUGGAGCAUGUGUUAUUAUAUAAUGUCGAGCAAGAAAUACCACUCCUACCAUACACCUUACCGAUUGAUAGGGCAGAAGUAGUCAGAACAGGAAAUCAUCUCACCAUUUUAUGCUACGGGAUUACUCGGCAUAUCGCAUUAGAGGCUGCAAAAGAACUAGCUAAUAUUAACAUGCAGGUGGAGGUAAUCGAUUUGAUCUCAUUAAAACCGUUCGAUUUGGAAACAAUUGGGAAUUCUUUAAAGAAGACAAAAAAGUGUUUAAUUCUUGAUGAGUCAGCUGGGUUUGGGGGAAUUGGUGCUGAGCUGUACACUCAGGUGGUUGAGAAAUUUUCCUCCUUCUUGGAGAGGCGGCCCGUCCGUUUGUGCACAAAAGAUGUGCCCAUAGCGUACUCCAGCAGGUUCGAGGACGCUUGCAUCGUCAAAAAGGAGGACGUG